AUGGCUGCUUAUUGUCAUCAAAAUGAUCUUUCUAGUCUUCUUGGUUACUACGCGCCCACCGCCUUUUCCUACACUGCAAAUUUAACCUCUCCCAAGGGCAGUCCAUACACAAAGUGGUGCGAUCGCUCGGGAGGUGUUAAAAUCGCAGUGCAAGCUUUGUGGCAAUUCGGAGCUCCCGAGGCUGAGUUUCUCGGCGGCAUCGGGCCUGCUAUUGAUGUCCUGGAGGGGAAUGCAGUCCGACUACGGGCCGUGGGCACAGCCAUUCUUCUUAGGGACUUGGACAAUGGGCAUCUCGAGUUGCACCAUUUUGACAACUAUCAGAGUGGUUGA